AUGGCGAUAAAAUCCUUUCUGGUAUUUGUGGUUCUGGGGUUUUGCAUGGGAAUAGUCCAGUGUUAUCCACAAGGGGCGCCAGCUGGAACCGUCCUUACAAUGUUCCCGAAACAUCAAAAUGCUAACCAACAAAGGUCUGCGUCACCGUUUGUUAUACAAACGAAUCAGUCUUCAUUCAGUCCCUCAGAUCAAGUAAACAUUAGUCUGCACGCUUCUGAUGGACGAGAGUUUAUCGGGAUCAUUCUGGUGGUACACAGGCAGUCCGGCGAUAGGGAGGAGGUGUUGGGAAGCUUCACCAACUUCCCACAGGAUAAGCUUAUGACAGGGAACUUCCUUGGCGGAGAGGCAAAUUACAUCACACACAAAAACAACGACCCAGUGAGUGUAAUCCGACUGACAUGGAACGCACCAGAUUCAGAAAUAGGAAACGUAACGUUUAGGGCGACAUUUCUGGAAUCAUUCAGAGUAUUUUGGUGGAAUGUCACGACAGAGCUGCCGUCCGAUACUUUCAUUCAGCAGCCAAUAAGUAACCCGGUAACUAAAGAAUGCAAAACACGAUAUUAUCGUGAGGCUGAAAAACACAAAGUUAUCAUCCUUGUUGAACCAAUCACGAUUGACCACGUCGCGUGCGGAGUGAACUUAGGGUGUCUAUUGUACCCUAUCUACUGCAGUGGACCGGACUGUACAGCGGGAGUCACCUUCAGCACUGACCAAGACAAUGUCACCUUUCAGAUGUGGGCCAAUGCGGAACACUAUGUCUCCAUCGGCUUUUCAGGAGAUAUGACUAUGGGAGAGGAUGAAACAAUUACUUGUGUGUAUGAUGGAAACACCGUUAGUUUCCAGCACGGCUAUAAUCCCAGCCGGCACAACGACCGCCAGUACAAGAUGGACUUGUUGAGCGAAAUGGCUAGCACGUAUGUCGAUGGCAUGAUGACAUGUUCCUUCAGACGACCCUACGCCAUGAAUGUUUCCGCCGAGGACGGUACAGUGAUAACCUUUGACCUUCAUGAUUCCUAUCACUUGAUGGUAGCGUGGGGUGAUGUAUUUGAAGGAACUGACGUCAUGGCAAAGCAUAAUCAGUUACCAGUGACGUCAUCACAGCAGAUACAGUUCAACAGUUACGAUAUAUACCGUGGAAAAUCCUUACCACUCCUGACAAACAUCCAUGGAGUCCUGAUGCUGGUGGCUUGGGUUCUGUUUGGUGGAGCUACGACAAUUGUAUCCCGAUACUUCAAACACAUGUCCUCCGGUACAAAACUGCUCGGCACUGAUGUCUGGUUUCAGGUACACAGGGGUACAGCUGUGCUGACAGUAACGAUCACCGCAGCAUCGUCUGUUCUUAUAUUCAUGAAGGUGGAAGGUCUUUCUAAGGUUGCAGUGCUCCACAGCUGGCUUGGAAUAGCUGUGAUAUCCGGCGUUACUUUACAAGUCCUCGGAGGGUUGUUGCGGCCGGGGUCUAAGAGUUGUGUACGACCAGUUUUCAACUGGUUGCAUUUUAUACUGGGAAAAUCACUACAUAUCGCAGCAGCCCUGUCAUGCUUCGUCAUAUUUAACACGGAUUUUCUGCCUGCUGCCCAACAGUUGUUUGGUACAGUCGUGACAACAGUAUGGGUGGUACUACAAGUAGUCUGGGAGAUGGUCCUCGAAAUCUGUAAAUACAGCAUGACAACGAAAGCUUCCUACUGUAUGAAGUCUGAGGACACACUUGAAACAACUGGUGGAUCUGUACCUUCCAUUCUCCUCUUCUUCUACAUAACCACCAUGGUCGCCGUGCUGUUUCCAUUAGUUAUGGCAAUAUUUUUCUUUUGA